CCUUUUAGAUCCAACAUGGCGCCUGUUUCCCCAAGACUGUAACGCCGCGGUCCUGUUCGGUCUAGCAGCUCAGUCAUGGCGUCCGCCAGUACAGGCAGCCGAGUGUCUUGCGGGAGAGACUUGAAUUGUGUGCCUGAGAUUGCUGACACGCUCGCAGCUGUUGCUAAACUUGGAUUUGACUUCCUCUGCAUGCCCCUUUAUCACCCGAGGUUCAGAAGAGAGUAUGAGCUUGAGCCGGCUAAAUCACGUCAAGGUGCCCAGACUCGCUCUGACCUGCUACUCUGUGGGAGAGAUUGGAAUACCCUUAUAGUUGGAAAGCUUUCACCAUGGAUAAACGUGGACUCAGAGCUGGAGACAGAGUGCAGAAAUUCAGAGGCAGCUCUAGUCCAAGAGUUGAAUUUCUCAGCAUACCUGGGUCUGCCCGUGUUUAUGCUCCCUCUGAAGGGACCGCAUAAUGCCAAUCUUGCUCGCCUGCUGCUUAAUCACAUCCACACUGGCCACCACACAUCAAAUUUCUGGAUCCGGGUUCCCCUUGUGGCUUCAGAGGAUACGCGAGAAGAUCUUGUUGAUAAUGAACAAGUUUCUUGUUUUGAUGACUUAAGCACUGAAGAGAAGACAUGGGGCUGGUGGCACUCCUUUAGAACUCUUUGUGAUUACAACAAGAGGAUAACUUUAGCAAUUGAAAUUGGUGCAGACAUGCCCUCUGAUGCAGUGAUUGAUAAGUGGCUUGGAGAACCCAUCAAAGCAGCUAUACUUCCUACCAGCAUUUUCUUAACCAAUAAGAAGGGCUUUCCAGUCUUGUCUAAAGCUCAUCAGAGAAUAAUUUUCCGCCUUUUUAAGUUGGAGGCCCAGUUUGUCUUUACUGGCACCAGUCGUCACACAGAAAAGGACUUCAGAUCGUACUUGCAGUACCUAGAAUAUUUAAACCAGAACCGGCCAGCACCCAAUGCCUAUGAGAUGUUUGCCAAGGGCUAUGAGGACUACCUGCAGUCUCCCCUUCAACCUCUCAUGGACAACCUGGAGUCUCAAACAUAUGAAGUGUUUGAGAAGGACCCUAUUAAAUACUCACAAUACCAACAGGCUGUUUAUAAAUGUCUGCUAGACAGAGUUCCAGAUGAACAAAAAGCAACCAAUGUUCAGGUGUUGAUGGUAUUGGGUGCAGGACGAGGCCCUCUGGUCAAUGCUUCCUUGCGUGCUGCUAAACAAGCUGACCGGAAAUUGAAGGUGUAUGCUGUGGAGAAAAAUCCAAAUGCUGUUGUCACGUUGGAGAACUGGCGCUUUGAGGAGUGGGGGGACCAGGUAACUGUGGUGUCAUGUGAUAUGCGUGAAUGGACAGCACCUGAAAAAGCUGAUAUCAUCGUCAGUGAAUUGCUUGGUUCAUUUGGUGACAAUGAACUGUCUCCAGAGUGCUUGGAUGGUGCUCAGCAUUUUCUCAAAGGUGAUGGAGUCAGCAUUCCCUGUUCCUACACAUCAUUCCUGGCACCGCUGUCUUCAUCAAAGCUUUACAAUGAGGUGCGAGGAUGUAGAGAACGUGACAAGCAUCCAGAGUGUCAUUUUGAGACCCCAUACGUUGUGCGACUUCAUAACUUUCAUCAACUGGCAGAGCCCAAACCUUGCUUCACUUUUGUUCACCCCACAACAAACAUGGAUAAUAAUCGUUACCAGUGCCUCCGAUUUCCUGUAACAUGUAACUCCGUGUUGCAUGGUUUUGCUGGCUACUUCGAGACAACACUGUACAAAGAUGUUACACUUAGUAUAAAACCAGAUACACAUUCACCUGGGAUGUUCUCAUGGUUUCCCAUCUUGUUCCCCCUUAAACAACCAAUCUCCGUUUCCCGGGAUGAGAAUGUCACUGUGCGUUUCUGGCGCUGCAACAACGGGAAGAAGGUGUGGUAUGAAUGGGCUGUAACUGAGCCCUCCUGCUCCGCCAUCCACAACCCGGCAGGACGCUCCUACACUAUUGGCCUGUGACUUACAAAUUAGCUUUUCUUUCAUCAGGGCCAUUGUCACCCAUGCUAUUUCUAACGUGGGCUCAAUUGAAGUACCCUGCAUUUAAUGUGUUGUGGUGAUAACGCCAGGAGAUGGCACAGGUAGUGUGUGCAAGCCAUUUGAAAUAGAAUUUUAAUACGCAAGUAUGUUAUAAGAAAUUACUGCUCGAAGUACAUUGAUAAAAAUGACUAGGUCUUCUCAGUGACAUGGCUCUCUUUAAGCACUUACUGACUACAAAUACAUCUCCUUUAUGAGUGAGGACUUACUUUUCACAUUGGGUCAUACAGUGCACCACUUUUUAUGCUUUAUUUCAAUGUUGUUUUGCAGAAAACAUGUUAAUGUAACAACUCUCCUGCCUUAACACAUUCCAAGUACUGCAUACAUAAAGCCCUGUUCUAAAAUUAAGAAAUUGGUCAGGUUCCUUGCUGUCACUUCAUUUGUUGUCUUUUCAUGUCUGUAUUUUGUUAGUGAAACAUCAAUAAAACAUAUUGUAAUGCUU